CUUGCCCUCCCUACUAAAACCUCAGCGUCGCCCCCCCUGUUUCCUUGAAAACCUCAGCGUCGCCCCCCCUGUUUCCUUGAAAGCCCAUGUCCCCGUAACAGCUUACAUGGCGGCGAACGCCGCCUCGGUUCUCAACCGUCUGAUCCAAAACGCCGCCCGACCCAGAAAGCCUUUCAAACCCACCAACCAAUCCCCCACCGCCUCCAUCCUGCCCCACCUCGACUCCGGCGACCUCCCCCGCGCCAUCGCCGCCCUCGCCGCCUCCGCCGUCCCUUUCCCCGCCUCCGUCUACGCUCGCCUCCUCCAGCUUUGCUCCUCCCGCCGCGCCCUCGUCGAGGCCCGCCGCAUCGAGUCCCACCUCGUCGCCUUCUCCCCUUCCCCCUCCACCUUCCUCCUCAACCGCGCCAUCGAGACUUACGCCAACUGCGGCAGCCUGAGGGACGCCCGCGAGCUGUUCGACGAGAUGCCCAAGCGGGACGGGGGCACCUGGAACGCCAUCAUCGCCGCGUGCUCCCGCGCCGACCAGCCCGAGGAGGCGCUAUCCUUGUUCUCCCGCAUGAAUAGGUCCGGCAUUCGCCCGAAAGAUGUCACCUUCGCCUCCGUGCUCGGUUGCUGCGCCGACCUCUUGGCCCUCUUCCUUGCAAAGCAAAUCCACGGCCUAAUUCUGAAGCUUGGGUUCUGUUUGAACGUGAUUCUGGGCACCUCACUCGUCGACGUCUACGGGAAGUGCUGGGUGAUCGAUGAUGCAAGGAGGAUGUUUGAUUCCAUUGCGACCCCGAAUGCUGUUUCCUGGAAUGUCAUUGUCCGCCGCUACUUGGAGGUGGGUAGAGGAAAGGAUGCAGUCGCUAUGUUCUUUCGCAUGAUUAAACGCGGCAUAAAGCCAUUGAAUUUUACCGUUUCGAAUGCUCUUAUGGCAUGUUCGGAUAUUUCAGCGCUCAAGGAGGGAUGCCAGGUCCACGGAAUGGUCCUGAAGAUUGGUUUUGAAGGGGAUAAUGUUGUAAGGAAUUCGCUCAUGGAGACAUAUGCAAAGUGUGGUGUUCUUGAGGACGCUCGUAGGCUCUUUGAUCAGUCCACCUCAAAGGAUGUGGUCUCAUGGACUUCCAUGGUGUCGGGUUACGCAGCAUGUGGGAGAAUCAGUGAGGCAGAGGCACUCUUUGAGGAGAUGCCUGAAAGGAAUGUUGUCUCCUGGAAUGCAAUGCUGGUGGGUUACGUGCGGUCCCUUCACUGGGACAAGGCCAUGGAUUUCUUUCACCGGAUGAGAGGAGAAACUGAAGAGACCAACCUUGUCACUCUUGGUUUAGUACUGAAUGUGUGCGCCGGGCUUUCGGAUCUUGAUUGGGGGAAACAGAUUCAUGGGUUUGCUUACAGACAUGGCCUCUGCUCAAAUCUCUUUUUCGGCAAUGCUCUUCUAGAUAUGUACGCGAAAUGCGGGUGCCUGAGAAGCGCUGAGCUUUGGUUUCUUAGUAUGGCAUCUCAGAGGGAUAGGAUAUCAUGGAAUUCAUUGAUCUCAGGGUAUGGGCGGCACGGCCGAAGUGAAGAGGCCUUGCAUGCUUUCAGCGAGAUGCAAUGGGAGACAUGUGCAGAUGAGUUCACAUUCAGCACGAUAUUGGCUGCUUGUGCGAAUAUCUUCAUGCUCGAACACGGGAAGGAAAUCCAUGGCUACAUGAUCAGAAAUGGCUUCGAGAUGGAUGUCAUUAUCAGAGGGGCAUUGGUUGACAUGUACUCCAAAUGCCGGUUGAUAGAGUAUGGCAUCAAAGUUUUUGAAAUGGAGAGUUCACGGGAUAUAGUCCUCUGGAAUUCGAUGAUUUUAGGAUGUGCUUAUAAUGGGAGGGGUGAGUAUGGUCUUGAACUAUUUGAAGCGAUGCGGAAAGAUGGGAUUAGGGCAGACAAUGUCACUCUCAUUGGCAUUCUACUUGCUUGUAUCAGUGAGGGCUACGUCAAUUUGGGUCGACGGUAUUUUGAUUCGAUGACUGAAGAGUAUGGUAUCAUACCUCGGGUUGAGCAUUACGAAUGUAUGAUUGAACUAUUAGGCAAGCAUGGCUUCAUGGUUGAACUCGAGGAUUUCGUCGAACACAUGCCAUUCGAGCCGACCAUCCCAAUGUGGACAAGAAUCUUUGACUGUUGCCGAGAACACGGGAACAGAAAACUAGGAGAAAGGGCUGCAAGAUGCAUCAAUGAAUCAAACCCCUUGAAUCCAGUUCAGUUUGAGGUCCUUUCUCCAGAGUCUUCUGACUGCACUUAACAAGUGAUGAAGCUAGUUUACAUCAAUUACAGAGUGUAGGCGUCAAAAGGUCUCAAAUGUGGAUGAAUGAUGGGAUCAUAUGGAUCCUUUUGCAAACUAGCCCGGCAUGGCAAUGGCUGUUUGGUGACUGAUGAAUCAAGCUGUGGCUUCACAAGGUUGGAAGGGGUUCACAAAUCGAGCAAAUACAAUUGCAAGCAGCAUUAUCUGCUUGUGUUGCCCAUGGGGAGGCUCUGCGUUAUUAUUCGGAGAAAGGUGAUCAAUGGUAAAGCAUGAAAUUUUGGUUCUUGCUUUACAAUUGCAACGAGGAGGCUAGUGUGAAUAAGCACUAUCCAUACUAUGGUACUCGUGCUUUUACAUUUGACCGUUGGAGCUCAAAUUAGUGAAGAAAACAAGAAUUACACCACCACAAACAUGGGUGAUGCGUCAAAUUUGUAGCAACGCAGCAUCUAUGAAAUGUAUCAUGAUAAAUUGCUGACAAGAUUUCAAAUAUGAAGAAGAGAUCUCAUUAAAUUCUUAGUGGCUAAUCAGUCCUGGAGUUGAUGGAGUUUUGUAAAACUCUUUGGCCCCUCUUGGGUCCGGAUAUGUAUUUUUUUCCUUAUGCUUCUUUUUCUCAAAAAUAUGUAGCAAUUCUCGAUCAUGAGUUAUUUACCAAACAUUAUACUGGCUAAUACUGUUGCAUUUCAACACCUGUCUUUUGGGUUUAUAUAUUUGUGUUCGUUGUGGAAAGUUUUUCACCAAUCCUGCACCAG